AUGAGCAGCCGCCGCAACACGGGGACCACCAGCAGCAGCAGCCAUGGAUACGGACCAGGGAGUGGAAGACCCGGCUCGUCUUCUCAAAAGAAGUUGACGCCGCCGCCGCAGUUGCACGAGAGGGUUCUGCUCAAAGGACAGCACUACCGCCAGUCCCAGCUGCAACCUCAGCUUCAGCCUCAAUCACUGUCUGGUGAUCGUGUAGCAUCAUCACUGCCUUCGUCUCGAGAGGCACAAGCACACGCUGCGCCACACCACGACAGCAACCUGCAGCAGCACCUCAAUAAUCAACGCCACCAACCGCAACAAACGCAGCAUCUCCGGGUGCAUCUGCGAGGGGGACAGGAAGGACAGGGCGGCGUCGGCACCGAAAGAGGAGGCGCCGGAGGAAAUAGAGGAGGACCUCGAGGAGCUCCGCCGAGGAACUUUCCCUACAACAACUCGAACCGCGACCCGGCCCUUGGUGGCUUCAACUCCUCGACGAACCAGCAAAAGUUCUGGCCCGAAGACCUGCGCAACCCCCGAGGCGGACUAGGCAUCGACCACAACCUGCCGUCGCCGCCGACUCCCAAGUUCGAGGUGAAGCGUGGAUUUGGACAGAGGACCGACACCCCAUCUGGAGACAAUCUCGACGAACUGCUUCCUCCCCCGAGUCUCGCUCGCAUCGAAAACGACGGCAGCGACCCCUCCGGCUCCUGGCGACCUGCUUCAUCCAUCUACUCGCUCAAUCGCGACUCCUACGCCUCCCCCGUCACGCCCAACUUCGCAAACGUGGCUGCCCGUAAUACCUAUUCAUCCGCCGUCGCGGACAUUUCUCCCCCGAGCUCUCCUGACUUGGACGCUCGUGGUGACGCAACCUCCGCCCAGGACCGAAGUGUCUCUCCCAUAGAAGACUCGCCCAACAUGUCGCAACUCGCUCUCGAAGACCAGCAUACGGGCCAGCAGCCCACGCCCCCAAAGAGCAACAUCCCCAUGAUGCGUCGCGAGCGCAGAAAGAACCAGGACGCCGCAGCCCACACCCUGCGAGAGACCAAAUCCCAGCAGCGUCUGCGGAUCCAGCGCGAGACCAAGUGGGAUGACAUGACGGGCGAACCCACGUACCUCGACACGGGCCGUGCGGGCCAGGUCAGACCACAGGAGUACGCCCAGGGACUCACCCAUCCGACGCCCUUUGGCAAGUCACCUGCCGCCAUGAGGGCCAUGCAGAAUGCUCCCCAGGCACAGCAGACCUUCACCGAUCGCCUACGCAGGCUGCGGCCCGUCGGCGCCGGGAACCCAAAGGACCAUCCAAAGGAGCAGCAGCAGCAGCAGCAGCCAGACGAACGUCCAUCUGCCACUGCAACUGCGCCCGUGUCCAUCGACGAGCGUCCGCCCUGGCGCGGCGCUCAUCAAAGCGGACGAACUGCAAUCGUCAACCCAGUUCGCGACACGGAGCCCAAGGAGCCUCUCAGCAUACCGCGCAGGAGCAGCAGGCGCAUCGCCGUUGGGCCUCGGCUGCCCAUCGCCGGCGUCUCUUCACCACUCUCCCCUGUCAGCCCCUCUGGAUCUGAAACGUCGCCGCGGUCGAGGACGCCCACCGUCAGAACUGUGCUCAACGCCCCCCGCCAGCUUACUGCAGGCACCAACGCGCCCUCCCCCUCGGCCACUCGAACCCCUCCGCCCGCUCAGUCCUCCUAUCCCAGCCCGCCCAACUCGGCCAGUGCUGGCGUCCAGUCCCCCGUACUUGCGACGCCCGAAGCCACUAGCAGUCCGCCUGUCACGACCCGACAGCCUGCACCCCUGCCGGGCCUGCCCGCUGCCCCUAAUGCACAUCUCGGCCAAGACAAGGCCAUUCGACGGAAGCCUCCUCCUGCCAACUCGCAAGCGCUUCACGCACCGCAACCGUCAUACUCCUCGAGCGUCUACUCUGAGGCUACCACCGUCCCGCCCGUCAGCACCCACGAGCGAUCGCCGCCUCGCGCACCGAGAUCCCCCGGUGAAGCCCUCAAGGCCAACGAGCCUUGGGACCAGCCUCCGUCGCGGUUCAGCGUCACCACCUAUGCCACUUCCGCGGCGGACCAAACCCCUCGCCAGUCGACAGAUACCGCGCCUCCGCCGGUCCCCGCGCUCCCUUCGCCCCAGCAGCAUAACGGUGUCAUGAACCGCAAGCGUCCGGCUGUUCUUGGAUCCACGAGCAACGCCAUCAACGCGGACAAGCCUUUCGUUAUUUCCAUGUCCUCGCCUUACAUGUCCAGCGCCUUCCCCGAUAACGACCUGCCCGCUCCUGCACGAUCAGAACUCCCCAGCCAGAAGCAGCCGAUACCGCGCGCUAGCAACGCAAGUAUGUACAGCACGUCCAGUCGACCCGACUCGGUUUGGUCCACUAGCAAGGCCCUCCCGCCGCCGCCGACCGAGACGUCCAUGGUCAACGAUCGUGUAGGCUACCUCAACGCUCGUCUCGAGUCACUUGGCAACCGGCGCAUCAACAUCAACCAAGCCAUCAAGCAGAUGACGGAGCUCAUGCCGACCGACAGCAUCCUGGCCAGCGAAGCCGUGCUACGCAAGCGCGAGGCGGAGAAGCGCAAGGUCGAGGCCCUCAAGGUUGAGCUGGCAGAGGUCCAGCGCGAGGAGUACGAAAUAGGCCUCAAGCUUCAUCGCGCCUACAAGAGGAUGGAUCGUAAUGCGGAGUACGAGCCGACGACGCUCUGGGUGAGGAGGGUUACUGGCUGA